AUGACUUCCACAAACACAACCAUAGGGCUACAGACACUUGAAAGCCGUGGAUUAGAUUUUGAGGAAUACUAUUACUGGAUAUCACUUUGUGCCAUGUUUGGUUUUGCGCUGUUGUUCAACAUAGGCUUCGUCGUGGCUUUAAGCUACUUUAAGGCUCCCGGCACUCGUGCCAUUAUUUCGAAGGAAAAGCUAUCUCAAGUACAAGGAGGUGAAGGACCCAAACAACACGAACACAAGAGUAAAACAACUCAAAAGGCUGUAUCAGAUCCUCAUCAAGGAAAAAUGGUGUUACCUUUUGAACCACUAGCGAUUACCUUUCAAGAUCUGCAGUACCAUGUUGAGCCCCCAACGGAAAUGAGGGAGCGUGACUCCCCUAGAGAAAGACUUCAACUACUCCGCAAUAUCACUGGCGCGUUUAGACCCGGUGUACUAACAGCCUUGAUGGGUGUAAGUGGUGCUGGAAAAACAACACUUCUUGAUGUUCUUGCCGGAAGGAAAACAAGUGGCAUUGUUGAAGGAGAGAUUAAGAUCGGGGGUUAUCCGAAAGUUCAAGAUACCUUUGCUAGAAUUUCAGGCUACUGUGAGCAAACUGAUGUGCACUCUCCCCAAAUUACAGUUGAAGAAUCAGUCAUAUUUUCCGCUUGGCUCCGCCUUCAUCCGGACAUUGAUUCAAAAAUUAAAUACAAAUUUGUGGAAGAAAUCCUGGAAACAGUUGAGCUUUAUGCCAUAAAAGAUGCCUUGGUUGGCAUUCCUGGGGUUAGUGGUCUAUCAACAGAGCAACGUAAGCGGCUCACAGUUGCUGUUGAAGUUGUUGCUAAUCCCUCCAUUAUAUUUAUGGAUGAACCUACAACGGGCCUGGAUGCAAGAUCAGCUGCCAUCGUUAUGCGGGCUGUGAAGAAUAUUGUUGAUACAGGAAGAACUAUUGUGUGUACCAUUCACCAACCGAGCAUCGACAUAUUUGAGGCCUUUGAUGAGUUAAUCUUAAUGAAAAGUGGUGGACGCGUGAUCUACUGUGGGCCUCUGGGUCACAAUUCAAGUAAGGUCAUUGAAUACUUUCAGAACAUCCCUGGGGUUCCAAAGAUUAGAGACAACCACAAUCCAGCAACAUGGAUGUUAGAGGUUAGUUCCACGUCAAUGGAAACUCAACUUGGAGUUGAUUUUGGACAAAUUUAUUCUACAUCAACUUUGUAUGAGAGCAAUAAAGAGCUCGUAAAGACAUUAAGUAAACCACCUCCUGGUUCAAAAGAAUUGUAUUUCCCGACACGUUUCCCACAAAAUGGUUGGGGCCAGUUCAAGGCCUGCCUAUGGAAGCAACACUUGUCUUAUUGGAGAAGUCCUUCAUACAACUUGAUGCGUUCCAUGUAUAUGUUAUGCACAUCGUUUUUGUUUGGGUUACUCUUCUGGAACCAAGGGGAAAAGAUACAUAACCAGCAAAGUUUAUUCAAUGUUUUUGGUUCAAUGUUCGCUGCUGUACUUUUUAGUGGCAUAAACAAUUCCUCUUCAGUUUUACAAUACGUUUCUAUGGAGCGAACUGUCUUGUAUCGAGAAAGGUUUUCUGGGAUGUAUGUAUCGUGGGCUUGUGCUCUUGCACAGGUGACAAUUGAGUUCCCUUAUCUCCUUGCUCUGUCACUUCUAUUUGUGUGCAUCACGUAUCCCAUGAUCGGAUAUUAUUGGUCAGCGUACAAGGUUUUCUGCUACUUCUAUACAUUCUUGUGCACAUUGAUGUACUUCACCUAUCUGGGAAUGAUGCUUGUUGCUAUGACACCUAGCUUUCCAGUAGCUGCCAUUCUACAGGCUCAAUUUUACACCAUGUUUAACUUGUUUGGUGGAUUUUUAAUUCCUAAACCGAAAAUUCCCAACUGGUGGAUAUGGAUGUACUAUCUCACUCCAACUUCAUGGUCGCUUAACGCGUUGCUUACUUCUCAGUAUGGUGAUGUGAAGAAGGAGAUCUUAGUUUUCGGGGAAACAAAAUCUGUGGAAUCCUUCAUAAGAGAUUACUUUGGGUAUCAUCAUGAUCAGUUACCACUUGUGUUUGUUCUUCUUGCACUAUAUCCUAUUGUUCUUGCUUCUCUAUUUGCAUAUUUUGUAGCAAAACUGAACUUCCAGAAAAGGUAGAUGAACAUAGCAUCAAACUCUUGAAGUAUAAGUAUUUGUCUGUAAUCUAGUGUUUCAAAUAAUUACAUUCUGCAA